CGAAGCGGCAACAUUGCCUGUAGAGACUGUAGAUGUUCAGAGUCCGCCCGUGGUGACCGACUGUGCUCUGUGAAUUUUGUGUGACGUAAAUAGUGUUGUGCACUAUAAUGUUGUGAACGUUAUGAAUGGUUUGGAUCGGUGCUUCUUCGAUCAACGUGAGUCGCCAUUGAAUGGAGAUGACUGCGGUUACAGUUACAUAAGCCUGGGGCGCCUCCAGCCGGCCGGCUUGGGCAGCGGCAGCCGUCGCCGCGGCUCCCCCGCCUCCCCCUCGGUCCCCGCGAGCCCCGCGAGCCCCGCGUCCCCCGCGUCCGCCACCGACAGCGCGUCCGACGCGACGCUCACCGACUCCGAGCUGCCGCUGGCGCGGGACUCUACCCUACUGGUCCAUCACGGCAUGCUGAGAUCUAGUUACGACCGCCCUGACCACGAACGUUGCCUGCUGGAAGGGUCUCGGCCUCCUCCCGAUGUGCCUCCUCGCAACCCGACCAUGUCUCGCCUGAACGGCCGCAUCACCGGGAACCCGGCUGAUCUCGGCGAUUUCGAGCCUUCAUGUCUCGUCCGAACUCCCUCAGGGAACUUUUACGUGCCUUCCGGUGAAAUUGCUACUUGGGACAUUCAAAAGAAUCCGUCUUUGGACUAUAAAUCAAACUCGUCUUGUAGUAGUCCUGGUAAACAAGAAAAAGGAACAUUGGAGAGAAUGGAGAGGAGUGACAGGCAUCCAGCUUUUGGGGCGCCCGUCCCUGUCCUCCCUGUUAGAAAUAAUCUUCGCUCCACUCAUUUUCCUCCUGCAGCUUCAAGGUUUCAUUUCAGAAAAGGCUUAUCGUCAAGAUGUUCAUGGAAAUGUACUGCUAUUGUUUUUAUAAUUCUUUUCGUCCUAUUGUUAUCAAUUGCAUCUUAUAUGUCUGCUUCCUACUUUACGGAUAAUUGGUCAUACGAAAAUGCAAAACCUUGUUCUGUCCUCGUUGGUGAAUCUUUAGAUAAACCGACAUCUAAAGCCACAGUAAUGGAGGCAAGCAAUAAGUCAUUAACAAGGCCGUACCAGAGCUCGUCACCAUCGUCUUCAGGUAACGGACGUGACCUAUUCCGUGCUCGUAGAAGUGUAGAUGAUAAUGCUUCUUUGUCUUCUGUUUUGAAGGAUUCUUCCACUGUAGAUAAUUUGCAUGACUCUGUCACUACACCUUCUAUAUCUCCUGCUAGUUUUAUGCAUGAUGUGUUGAAAGAAGAAGGAUCAACUACAGUUCAAGAAGUAGAAAGUGCCUUUAAAGCUUAUUCUAAUUUAUCUGCUUUGGAUAUUGGAGUUAAUAUAAAUGUUACUAAUAAAGCAGUUCUAAAAACUAACGGCAGCUAUGGCUCAAGUUUAAAGGAACAUCCUUCCACCAAAGAAAAUGUUACUAAUAAAGUAGAAAUGUCAUUUGGAAAAAAUAAUAUUAUAAAACACUCAGAAAUAGAUUAUGUACCUGAAGAUAUGCAAGCUGAUGCUUAUCCAUCAAUUUAUUCUUACGGCGUUCAAAGGCUUCAAUACUUAAGAUUACUAUCGCGGCUAAAUAAAGCCAACGAAGAGUUGCACAUUUUUUCCGAGGAUACUGAAGACCUAAAUAAUGAUACUGCAAAAAUACUAAAUAAAUCCUCUAACAAUGAUAUAACUACAUUUUUACCUGUUGACAUCAAUAUACCAACAUACGUGGCCGAAGAAAACAAUGAUUUUAUGAAUAGCGACAUAACAACGGUGUCUCAUAACACACUAACUGAUGAACAAACUAAAGCACAUGAGAUUGAUGACCCCAGUAUGACUGACAAUAUUAUACAAAGUACCAUAGACACAUCCACCGUAUCUGCUCCUUAUUUAGAUCAGACAACAACAAACAAUGGCACGGAUUUUAAGACUUCUGAUGUGGUAACGAACUCAAAACACGUUUUAAUCAAUUUGACUAUAUCUGCAGAUGAUGCUGUAAAUGAUUCAUAUAAACCGCUCUAUUCCCUGACAGUGACUGUGCCAACAUUUGGAAAUUCAAACGAAAUCCCAACCGUUAAAAUUACUCCAAUUGAAAUAGAUCCAACUGUCCCAACAAAUUUCAAUAACCCUGUAAUUAUAGAUGAAGCUUCGCAAAAACAACAAUCAUCUAAUAAAGUAGCUUCUGAAGAUUGGGGAGGGAGCUGCGAAUGUUCUUGUCCCAUUUGUGAAAGUAGUAACAUUGCUUCUGAUGACUUUUAUGAUGAUGACACAGAUAAAACAACUACGAGUAGGACUAGUACUUUCUCUGAUGAUCAACAAGAUUAUACUACAACAGGAACCUAUAGUACGAACCCUACAGAUUCGACAUCGAUUUCAAAUUAUUCAGAAAUUACCUCAGUUUUUGAGACGGAAGAUUUAUCAACUGGAUCAAAUAUAUUAUCAGAUAAUUGGACCACUUUGUCGGUUGAAAAUGAAAAAGAUUCAACAACAGAAAUAUCAAUACAACCAUGCGAUUGUCCAAAGAUUAAACCUCCACCGAUCCUAAUACUGGAAGGUGCGCGAACAUUCCCAGCUCAGUCAUUCCCUCCUGAUGGGACGACUUUUAAACAAAUUAAUUUAGGUGAAAAAUUAUCAAAAGAAAUCCCUCCAUACAGCUAUUGGAAUAUGCAAUUCUAUCAAUCGGAAGCCUCUUACGUGAAAUUCGACUACAUGAUACCAAGGGGUGCUUCUAUUGGAGUGUACGCGAGACGAAACGCUUUACCCACACACACGCAAUAUCACUUUUUGGAGGUUCUGAGCGGAUUUAAAGCUAGAACUACAAGAGCAUCACACCCGUCAGUCAAGAAAGAGGUAACUCAGUACAUGGAACAAGGCCACUGGUUCCUCUCACUCUACAACGAUGACGGCGACCCACAAGAGAUCAGCUUCAUAGCUAUGUCAGCCGAUGACAUGACACACAACUGUCCCAGCGGAUGCUCAGGAAAGGGCGAAUGUCUAAUGGGACAUUGCCAGUGUCAGCCGGGUUUCGGAGGAGACGACUGUAGUGAAAGUGUGUGCCCGGUUCUAUGCAGCCAACGCGGUGAAUACAUAAACGGGGAAUGUCAAUGCAACCCGGGAUGGAAGGGUAAGGAGUGCUCCCUGCGUCACGACGAAUGUGAAGUUCCUGACUGCAACGGCCACGGCCACUGCGUGAACGGGAAGUGCUCCUGCGUGAGGGGAUACAAAGGAAAGUUCUGCGGCGAAGUGGACUGUCCACACCCGACCUGUUCGGGGCACGGCUUCUGCAUCGAAGGCUCUUGUGUGUGCAAAAAGGGCUGGAAAGGCCUGGAUUGCGCUACAAUGGACAAAGACGCGUUGCAGUGUUUACCGGAUUGUUCCGGACAUGGGACGUUUGACGUGGACACGCAGACCUGCUCGUGUCAUGCGAGGUGGUCCGGAGAUGAUUGCUCAAAAGAGGUGUGCGACCUGGAGUGCGGCGCGCACGGACGCUGCGUGGGCGAGGCGUGCGCGUGCGAGCCGGGCUGGGCAGGCGCCGCGUGCGGCCAGCGACUGUGCGACGCUCGCUGCGCAGACCACGGCCAGUGCAAGAACGGCACGUGCCUGUGCGUGUCGGGAUGGAACGGGCGCCAUUGCACCUUGGAGGGAUGCCCCCGGGGCUGCGCGGGCCACGGACAGUGCCGCGUGGCGCCCGACGGCCGCUGGGAGUGCAAGUGCUUCGACGGCUGGGACGGCCCGGAGUGCACCAUCUUGAAGGAACAGAUCUGCGACGACUCUAAAGAUAACGACAAGGACGGCCUAGUGGACUGCGAGGACCCUGAGUGCUGCCAGACCACAGCCUGCAAGGGUAGUCAGCUGUGCGUGUCUUCUCCCAAACCGACAGACGUGCUGCUGAGGAAGCAGCCACCGGCCAUCACCGCCUCCUUCUUUGAACGAAUGAAAUUCCUCAUAGACGAAGGUAGCCUGCAGAACUACGCCAAGCAGGAGACAUUUAACGAAAGUCGGUCUGCCGUGGUCCGGGGUCGUGUGGUGACCUCGCUUGGCGCGGGGCUAGUGGGGGUGCGUGUGUCCACCUCCACACCGCUGGAAGGCUUCACCCUGACGCGCGAAGACGGCUGGUUCGAUCUGCUGGUGAACGGCGGAGGCUCCGUCACGCUCAAUUUUGGCAGAGCACCCUUCAAGAGGUCGACGCAGGUUGUUUUCGUGCCCUGGAACGAGGUCGUGGUGAUCGACGCGGUGGUGAUGAGCCCAGCGGAGGAGCGCGGGGGAGCCGCCCUGCCCCCGCAGGCCUGCCUGGCGCAUGACUACGACUCCAUGAAGCCGGUUGUGUUAGCCACCUGGAAGCACGGUUUCCAAGGAGCCUGCCCGGAUAAGAGCGCAAUCCUGGCUGAAUCUCAGGUUGUCCAAGAAAGUGUUCAGAUUCCCGGUACGGGUUUGAACCUAGUUUACCAGAGCUCUAGGGCGGCGGGAUAUCUCUCCACGAUACAGCUACAACUCACCCCUGAGAAAGUACCUCCCACUCUGGCCCUUAUACAUUUGAGGAUAACCAUUGAAGGGAUACUCUUUGAGAAGACAUUCGAAGCUGACCCAGUUAUAAAGUUCACUUAUCCAUGGAACAGAUUGAACGUCUAUCGUCAGAGAGUGUACGGAGUCACCACGGCCCUGGUCAAGGUGGGCUACCAGUACACGGACUGCAAGGACAUCAUAUGGAACGUUCAGACCACGAAACUGAGCGGCCAUGAUAUGAGCAUCUCCGAUGUGGGUGGCUGGAACCUGGAUAUACACCACAGAUACAACUUCCACGAAGGCAUUCUGCAGAAGGGCGACGGCACCAACAUCUACCUGAAGCACAAGCCGCGGCUCAUCAUCACCGCUCUGGGAGACGGGCGCCAGCGAGCCCUUCAGUGCGGCUCAGAGUGCGCAGGCCCGGCCUCCCGUCAGCGGCUCCUGGCGCCCGUGGCGUUGGCCGCCGCCCCAGACGGCUCGCUGUUCGUGGGCGACUUCAACCUGGUGCGCCGCAUCGCGCCCGAUGGCAGCGUGCGCACCGUGCUACAGCUCAACGCGACACGUGUGUCAUACCGCUACCACAUGGCCUUGUCUCCGCUCGACGGCACGCUCUACAUAUCGGAUCCCGAGUCACACCAAAUCAUCAAAGUACGAAAUGCGGACGACUACAGUGACCCCGAGAGGAACUGGGAGACAGUCGUCGGUUCCGGGGAGAGAUGUCUACCCGGCGACGAGGCCCACUGCGGAGACGGAGCGCUGGCCAGGGAUGCCAAACUGGCUUAUCCCAAAGGAGUCGCCGUCUCCGUCGAUAACGUUUUGUACUUCGCCGACGGAACGAAUAUCAGAAUGGUCGACAGGGAUGGCAUUAUAACAACAGUGAUAGGAAACCACAUGCAUAGAUCUCAUUGGAAACCUAUUCCUUGCGAGGGAACUUUGAGUGUUGAGGAAGUUCAUCUGAGGUGGCCCACCGAGCUUGCAAUCAAUCCCUUAGAUAAUAGCCUGCACAUAAUUGACGACCACAUGAUCCUGCAAAUGGCACCUGAUGGUCGAGUCAAAGUAAUCGCCGGACGGCCGCUGCACUGCCCGUCUCCGCUGACCGGCUACGACGUGGAGCUAGCCACGUAUGCCACCCUUGUGAUGCCGCAGAGCAUUGCAUUUAGUGCCGCGGGUAACUUGUAUGUCGCAGAGAGUGAUUCGCAGAGAAUCAAUAGAGUGAGGCUUAUAACUACUGAUGGAAAGAUAUCGUUGUACGCCGGAGCAGAAUCGAAAUGCAAUUGCUUAGAACGAGGUUGUGAUUGUUUCGAAGCGGAUCAUUUUUUGGCUUCAAACUCUAAAUUUAAUACAAUAUCAGCUGUGGCAGUCAGCCCAGAUGGCAUUGUCCAUAUUGCCGAUCAAGCUAAUUAUAGAAUUCGUUCAGUAAUGGCAAGCAUUCCUGACGCAAGUGGAUCUCGAGAAUACGAAAUUUAUUCACCGGAUACGCAAGAGACUUAUAUAUUUAAUAGGUUCGGUCAACACGUCAUGACUAAAAAUAUUCUCACGGGAGAGAAUAACUACGUAUUUACCUAUACAGUUAAUACAAGCAAUGGUAAGCUGAGCACCGUGACCGAUGCUGCCGGGAAUAAGGUGUUCUUAUUACGUGACUAUUCAAGCCUUGUAAACUCAAUCGAAAACACCAAAGGACAGAAAUGUAGACUGAAGAUGUCUAGAAUGAAGAUGUUGCAAGAGUUGCGUACGCCAGAUAACUUUAAUGUGACGUUUGACUAUCAUGGUACAAGUGGCUUGCUGAAAGCAAAAUACGACAGCACAGGUCGAAGCUAUAUCUACAAAUAUGACGAAUUUGGAAGACUCACAUCCGCCGUUACACCUACCGGCAGAGUCAUAACGUUAACGUUUGAUUUAAGUUUGAAAGGCGCCACCGUCCUAAUUAGUGAAAAUAACAAGAAACCCAUAUCAAUUUUGAUCAGAGGUUCUUCUGUCAUUACAAAACUUGGUGAAGCAGAGAAAAAGACUAUUAUUUCUACCGACGGUAGUAUUUCAUCCAGUAUGCCUUGGGGUCAUGUCAUUUCGACUGACACUGUUCCAUACACCAUAUUAGCUGAGAUUGAUCCAAUUUUGGGCGAAAGUUACCCGGUUCCAGCAAAGCAGAGAACGGAGGUAGGUGGUGAUUUAGCAAACCGAUUCGAAUGGAGGUACUUUUUACGACGGUUGCAAUCAAAUAAGGGAAAAGGCAGUAAAUCCAUAGCCCAGAUUGGUAGGAAGCUGAGAGUGAAUGGAGAAAAUCUUCUGACGUUAGAAUACGAUAGAGAUACUUCCACUGUGGCUGUGUUUAUGGAUGAUAAAGUAGAACUUUUGAAUGUAACUUACGACAGGAUGGCACGGCCUAUUAAAUGGGGUCCGAGAAGUGGAAUAUUUGAUGAAGUAGAAUUGGAUUACGACCGUUUCAACAGGUUAACAAGCUGGAAAUGGGGAGAUCUCAAUGAAACAUAUGGUUAUGACAGAGCAGGAAGACUACAUGAAAUACAUUACGGUGACGGGUCGUCUUUGGCAUAUUCCUUCCGCGACAUGUUUACUAGCCUACCACUAAAGGUCACGACACCCAGGGGCAGCGAUUAUCUGCUAGACUACGAUGAUUCCGGAGCUUUACAAAACUUAACAACUCCUAGAGGACAUAUUCAUACGUUUGCGCUGAUGACGUCACUUGGAUACUUUAAAUACCAAUACUUUUCACCCGUGAAUAGGCACCCAUAUGAAAUUCUUUACAACGAUGACGGACAUAUCUUAGCUAAGAUUUUCCCCCAUCAGUCUGGUAAAAUUAUAUAUGUUUAUGACAGUUCCGGGAAAUUGGAGACAAUUCUUGCGGGAGCGUCAGCUGUAAGAUAUGUUUACCACGAAAAUAGCGAUCUAGUGAAAAAUGUUGAAAUCAGCGACCCAGACUAUGAAUUGAGGCAGGACUAUAAGUAUCACGCUGGUAUUUUGAAAGACGAGAAAAUGAAAUUUAAUUCAAAGAGUGGCCUCAAUAAUGCUCAUUUCAAAUAUCAAUAUGAUGGCAAUGCGCGACUAUCGACAAUCGACAUGAAUAUCAAUAGUAAGGAAAUGCCUCAGUUGAGACUUAAAUAUAAUCAGAACUUAGGUAGCUUAGAGGCCGUUAGUGACUUGAGGAUCUACAGAAAUACCUUCAAUCGAUCAGUCAUGCAAGAUACUAGCAAACAGUACUUUACAAUAACUGACUAUGACGAUCACGGCAGAGUCAAAACCGUGCUUAUGAAUAUCAAAUCUUUCGACGUAUUCCGUCUUGAACUGGAAUAUGACGUAAGAAAUAGAAUAAAAUCAAAAAAAAUAAUGAUUGGUGAUACGUCCUCAAACGAAAGAAUUAGCUACAAUUAUGAUGGACACCUUAUGGAAGUUGUAGGUUCUGAAGACGAUUGGAAAUACGUCUAUGAUGAGAACGGUAACGUGAUUGGAAUCAUUGAGCAUGGAGAGAAACGUUACCUGGGAUACGAUAUCGGCGAUAGAGUGGUUCAAUUUGGUGAUGUAGAAUACAGUAGUUACGACGGCAGAGGUUUUGCAAUACGUAGGGCAGAACAAAAAUACCGGUUCAAUUCUCGUGGCCAGUUUGUACAUGCGUAUGAAAGAGACAAGUUCCAGAUGUGGUAUUAUUAUGACGAUAGAAGCAGACUCGUCGCGAGGAAGGAUGAAAAAGGCAAUAUUACACAAUUUUUCUAUACUAAUCCUCAAAAUCCUAAUCUAAUAACUCAUAUGCACCAUCCUAAAACCGAGAAAACGAUCAGAUAUUUGUAUGAUCAGAGAGACUUCCUCACUUGCAUCGAGACAGAAGAUCAAAGAUUCUAUGUUGCCACAGAUCACAACGGCUCUCCACUGGUCGUGUUCGAUGUUAACGGGGAAAUCGUAAAGGAGAUAAAACGCAGUCCAUUCGGAAAAAUAGUGAAAGACAGCAAUCCUAGUUUUUAUGUUCCGAUCGACUUUCAAGGUGGCGUUUUAGAUUACGGCACAAAUUUAGUGUAUUUAGAUAACCGCUUGUACGAUCCCGUUGUGGGGCAAUGGAUGACACCCAGUUGGGAACAUCUCGCAACAAAACUAAGCCUUCCUACGGACAUAUUUAUUUACAGGUUUCGGAAUAACGAUCCAAUAAAUCAAAAUCAGAAAGUUCCAUAUAUGACGAGUUUGUCCAGUUGGCUCCAACUCUACGGCUACGACUUGAAGAAGAUGAUGGGUGCUCAAUAUAUUACGGACAUGAUCUUCACGCCGAAGACCUCUGUUACUGAACCGCAGUUGGCUCCCGAUUUCGGCGUCAUGUCUGGCUUGCAGUGUAUAAUUGAAAAGGUGAAUGACAAACUUUCUGAUAUCGAAUUUGUACCAACACCGCUGCUGAAGAUGGAACCAAUAACGAGAAACCUCCUUCCGCGUGUAUCGUACAAACGUGGCGUGUUUGGGGAAGGCGUGCUCAUCUCCCGCGUUGACGGCCGCGCCUUCAUCAGCGUGGCUGACGGCGCCAACAGCGUGGUGGAGGACGUCAUCACUACAGUGUUCAACAACUCCUACUUCCUGGACGUGCACUUCAGUAUCCACGACCAGGACGUGUUCUACUUCGUCAAGGACAACUCGCUGAAGAUCCGGGAUGACCUGGACGAACUUCGCCGGCUAUCCGGCACGUUCAACGUGUCGCAAGACGAGACUAGCGACCAAGGACUGGAGGUCCGCGUCCACGCAGUGGGGCGAGGCUCUGCGCCGGCGGUGAUCGUGUUGCGAUACGGCACGGACCCCGCCCAGGAGCGGGCCCGCCUGCUGAAGCACGCGCACAAGCGAGCCGCGGCACGCGCCUGGGAGCGCGAGAAGGCAUUGGUCGCGGCGGGCUGGGAGGGCCGCGGCAGCUGGAGCGAGGAGGAGAAGGAGGAGCUCAUCUCGCACGGCGUGGUGGACGGCUGGGUGGCGCGUGACCUCCACUCGCUGGCUCGCUACCCGCAGCUGGCCGACGACCCCGCCAACAUCGUGUUCGUGCGCGACGCGCGGCGCAAGCGGAGACGCAGCGGCCGCGCCCGCCACCGCGCACUCGCGCUGAGCGGAGCGGACUCCGCGAACAACUGACUCGUUAUACUUUGAAACAAUAAUACUCAACUAUGAUCACACUCAUUUUACUCGAAUAUUGUAUUUUACAACAAUGCAUAAUAAAAUUCUCGGCAUAAUUCACUAAGACUUAAUUUUUAAUAAAUUAAUAUCAUAAUAAUAUAUUCCUAACACGUUUAGCCAAAUAUUUUGUUCUAUUGUUAUAAUUUUAAUGUGUGUAAAUAAUAUUUUAUUCUUGUAGCUUGUUUCUUUACACCGGACGGACCAGAGGUCUUUCUGUUAUUUCGCAAUACAUGCUGUUACUAUAUACCUAAGCAAUAAUUUUACUAUCGUAAGUAGUUAAGUAUUAGGUUGUCCUAUAUCAGAACUCUUCUUAGAAAAACAAAAUUCCUCUCAUUAUUAUUUAACUUGCAUUUAAAUAUUCAAAAAAUAAAUGUAGAUCUUUCUUAGAAUGAAUGUUUACUUACUAUGAUAACUAUACUCGAUAAUUUAUUAGAUUUACCACCCUUUCAUUAUUAUGUGUUAAAACAUUAUAUUAUGUAUAAAAGUAUUAUGAUAUUCCCAAGAUAUUAAGGCCAAUAUCCAUUGUACAGACAUUACUUAAGUACCUAUGCCUGAUUCGCAAAUACUUUAGUGUUUCAAUUCCAUAACCUUUUUAUGUAGUAAGGGCCUCAAAUUUAAGGUAGAAUGUAACUCAGAUACGUACAAUGUUGUUGUGCCGUGCAAUAAUCAACAUUAAUACUAUCGAUACAGUGUGAGACACUUCUUGCUGGCUUUUUCCUCUAUGUCCCCACCCAUUGCAGAUCGCGCACGACACUUGUCGACACUUCGAUAUCACUUGCGCGGUUUGUGACGACGCCCCCGCACCCCCACUCAGCCAGCAAGCGGUGUAUAGUCACGUCCUUAAACGUCUCGGUUCUAUUGUGGUGUCUCUCUGUGUUAGGUGUUAUCAUUUAGAAGCUAGGUGACUGAGUGAACGAAUAGGUAUGGAAUAUUUUUAUGAAAAAUUUAUAAAAUGUAUAAAUAUCUAAUGGAGUAAAUUUUGUAAUCAACGUACGCUUGUGGGUACGUGAGGUACGGGAGGUACGCGUGGUGAUAUUUUUGCAAAAUGUGACUAAACGAAGCAAUACUUUGUAAUGUAAUACGUCUUAUUCUCUAUGUGACUAGGGUGUUAUUUAUAAUUAUAAUAUGAUAUUUAUGUCUAUUGUGAAUGUAGGAGUUAGCGGUAACUCAUCGUAAUGUUAUAUAUUGGUUUCGCGGUGAUAUAUUACGAUAGUGCGUAUAGUUAUCUUUUUUAUAAUGUAUAAAGACUUCGAAUUUGUAUAUAGUUACUUUAAAGUUGUAACGUGUAAUAUAAAUGUACAUAUCUUUAUGCUUCAAUAAUGUGUGACGUAAUGUUAGGUUAAGAAAUAACUCAAUCGACGACAACCAUUGGUUAGAUAACAUACGUAGGGUACCUGCUAUUACCGGUCCAUUCUUCUUUAUUAUUAUUAUUUUAUGGACUGAUUUUUGUAUUAUUUUUACUGUCAAUAACGAUUGAGAAAUCUUAUCAAUUUUACCUUUUAUAUAAGAAUAGACAAUAGACUAGAUUCGCAUUUUUUAAAUCGAUUUUUGUGAUCAGAUUUGAUUGUCGCGGGUUCUAGAGCCCGGCCUAAUACAACUUUAGUUGUCUCCAGUAAGCUUCCUAGUUAGAUAGCUUGACCGAUGUAUGACGUAGUUCGAUAUUCGUCAGCAUUACUAUGACGUUGUAGAUAUGGAGUAGUUGCCAGCAGUGCGGUGUAUAGUCCUCAAUAGCGUGUAGUACCUACGACGUGCAAGGCGGUGUAAACGUGUACAAUCAUAAAUAUAGUAUUCUAUUUGAAUAUGUAAUAAAAGGUAAUAAAUCGA